GGUGUAAUGAGAUGGCUGAAUACAGUAAUCCACUCCGAAAAUUCAAAGUUGUCUUCCUCGGCGAACAGAGUGUUGGAAAAACCUCUCUAAUAACAAGGUUUAUGUAUGACAGCUUUGACACCACUUAUCAGGCUACGAUUGGUAUUGACUUUCUGUCUAAGACGAUGUACCUGGAAGACCGAACAGUAAGACUACAGUUGUGGGACACGGCGGGACAGGAGAGAUUCAGGAGUCUUAUCCCAUCUUAUAUUAGGGACUCUACUGUUGCUGUCGUCGUAUAUGAUAUCACUAAUGCAAGUUCAUUUCAACAAGUCAACAAGUGGAUUGACGACGUGAGGACAGAACGUGGACACGAUGUUAUCAUUAUGUUGGUGGGCAAUAAAACAGAUCUCGCUGAUAAACGACGUGUUCAAUACUCAAACGCUAAUAAACAAUUGUUUCAUGCUGGAUCAGUUUUACUUCUCACUCAGCCUUCAUCUUCAGCUCACACCCGUCAAUCCACAACACCCUCUUCAAAUGUUCUCUCAACAUCAACUCAGCAGGAGUCAGGAUAUUAUCCAGACAGAUCCCUCUUAACGGAGAGAGAGGGUGGUGAAGGUAACAUUACACCACGUCCGGACCUGACCUGCAAGUACCUGUUUCCUGCAAAUCCUCUCUCUGAUCUCAGGAAAAUGAGCCUCCAGGCAAGCUUCCGGAGGUACAUGGAAGAGUUGGGGGCGCUGGUAAUGCCCACAAGUGGGAAAUACCAUUGA